CCAUUCAAAAUGAACCUCUUCUCUUCCUGCACUGCCCCUGUGCUUAGGGAAGUUGCAAUCAUUUUCCUGUAAUGCAGUAGACUGAGAUGGAAAGAAAACUGUGAUGAGACCCCUUCUGGUUUUAUAUUUGAUCACGUUCCGUUUUUCAGGGAGAAGCUGGCUUGGAUGCAGCAGUGAGGGAGGUGAUAUCAUGUCUGCCGUUUGGCCCGGGUGACUGUGCAUUCUCCUGUUUUGAAAUGGAUUUGAAUAUUGCUGAACAAGGACCUGGGAUUCAGCCCCUAAAGCACUUUUAUUUGGCUUCUCUACAGAGAUAUAUAUUUGUAAAUGAAAUCAGGGAAAUACCCUACUGAAACAUCUCGUUUUUGUGACUACUCAGCGAAUUCUCAGGCCUGGGCUGAACAGUGUGAAGGCACAAAGUGUCCAGUGUUGGAUAUUCCCAUACAAAGAAAGAAGAAAGAAUGACCAGGGUAGAGCUCAUUUGAACCAUGAUUGGACCAGAGCUAAAUUGUGACUCCUGCGCAGGCAGAAAAGAUCCUGUUAAUAGCCCUAUUGAAGACAAUGAGAUUACUCUUCACUGUGAAAAAAAAAUCAUAAUCUACUCCACAACAAGGAGAAUGUUUUUUUUAACACGCUGACUUGGUUUUUCCUGGCUGCUUCCUUGCAAUAAAAGAGGAAAGGAGGGAAUUCAUGAAUGUGGAGUGUUUGAUUUAUAACAGUCAAGCUAAGAGAUCCUGAUAGAGACAUUUUAUUCACCAUGUCACAUGAAAGCCAAGCAAAUGGAGCUGAGAAAAAUGGUUCCUUGUCUUCUCCCUCUUCCUCCAUCUUCUACUGUAAGAACCACUUAGUGAAAGAGCUUCACAAUGGCCAGGUGCUUACAGUUCUCAGUGCUAACAAUAGCUGCUCUUCCAUCUCCUUUGAUCUGGAGCUUUGUGUAGAAAAACUGAAGACCUUGGGAAUUCAGAUGACAAUGGAUGAAUGGAGAAGUUUAAUUCAAAACCCAGUUCUAAAGCCUGAAAUAAGACGCUACAUGUUCUACAACUCCAGAGCUUUCAGAAUAGCUAUUGCUGUGAUUUUUUACAUUUCUCUCUGGACAAAUAUUUAUUCCAUAAUGCGGCUGUAUGCUUUUGGACACUACUGGGAAAUCAGCAUAUUGGUGACUUUCGUUGCAGUAGCAGUCACUAUAAUCAUAAUACUGAUUAUUGACCGAUAUCAAAGAAAGAUAAAUGUGAAUACAGAUGUAAGGCUAGCAGCUGCCAACGAAGCUUUCAUGGGACAUAAUUUACUUGUGGGGAUUACAGAUGCUACGGAUAGGCUUCAGAGCAUUCUACAACUUUGGUUUGUCUACUUCAACCUGGAAGAGUGUCUUGAGUCCUUAACAAACUAUAUUGCAGAGCUGAAGAGAAACCAAGAGUCAGCCCUGAAGCAUAGUCUGGACCAACUCUGCAUUGUUAUAGAGAGAGUCAUCCAGCCAGCUCAGGGAAGAGGAGAGGAGAGUUCAUCUGAAGAAGCCCCUCUCCUAACCAGCAAGAAGAACUUAAAGAAAAGGACUCUGACAUACAAUGACCUGAUGCAGCUCAUUCCCCAAGAAGCUCCAGAGGUGAUGGCCCGACAUUUGCUGGUGAUCUUCAGUGGCAAUUAUGUCAGACUGCUGGUCAACGGUCAGCUCCCUCAGGUCGUUACGUUACGGCACAUGGAACAUAGUAAUGCCCCCUGCCCUUGCGAGUUCAUAAAAACUAGUGUACUCAACACGGGACACUGCUGUUUCAAGGCGAGGUGAAUGCAUAACCCUGGAAAGAAUUGUUGCAGCAACUACUUUUUGAAUACAGUGGUUCAAGAAAUAAGCCAGAGCUCAAGGAAGUCUUGAAGUGGGCUGCAACUCCUCUGAGGGACUUGUUCUGACUGACACAAGGAUUAAAGAAC